GCAGAGAAUGACUCAUUCGUUGUGGAGUUUCUGACAGAACGAGACGUUCUCGAGACUUUUUGAGUUAUUUAUAUUUCGAGUGCACGUUCGACUUGUACAGUUUGCUUGUCUACUGUUUCAGAAAAAAGCUGGCUUCCAAGGUCACCUUAGCUUCUUCAUUCGGUAUUGUAAACAACAUGGAUACGGCCUUCUUCGAUGACGGACGUUCUUACGUCUCGUCCAGUAAUAAUAAGGAAGAAGUACGCAAACGACUGACCCUAGAUCUGAAUAGUCCACGUCUGAAAAAACCCCGAUUCGACGUGCUUCUCUCAUCUCCCGACCUGAACAUGCUGAAACUGCCUUCCCCAGAGCUGGAAAAAUUGAUUAUGCAGCAAAAUGGACUCUUAUCAGCCACACCGACGCCCGGCGGUUUUGUCUACCCCACACCUACCAGCACCGGUAAUACCAACAGCAGCAGUAGUAGUAAUAAUAAUAACAACCCACGCGCCGUUACGCGCGACCAAGAAAUGUACGUGAGGGGAUUCGACGAUGCCUUGGCCGAGCUACACCAACAAGCUGGAGCUCAACAACAGCAACAGCAGCAAGUCCAGAUCUUGUCUGGUGGCCAGCAACAACCAAACCACCAUUCGCUUUUAGAAACCGGUUCCAGUAUCAGCAGCAACAACGCCCAGGCUGCUGCGCCCUUCGCUGCAGCCGCCGCCCGACCACCCACCUCCCUCUCGCCCUAUCCCAACACUGCCAUGCAUCAGAUUCCUGUGAAGGAGGAGCCUCGGUGUGGAACAUCUCUCAGUAGCUCCCCUCCCAUGUCUCCCAUUGAUAUGGAAGACCAAGAAAGAAUAAAAUUAGAAAGAAAAAGACAAAGGAACAGAAUUGCUGCCUCUAAGUGUCGUAGAAGGAAGCUGGAGAGAAUCGCCAAAUUAGAAGAUAAAGUGAAAAUAUUAAAGAAUGAUAAUAGUGAACUGGGCACCGUUGUGGUUAAAUUGAGACAGCAAGUGUGUGGUCUCAAAGAACAGGUCAUGGAACACAUAAACUGUGGCUGUCAAAUUAUGCUUACAAAUCAGUUCUAAGCACUACAAUUUGACAGUAAGAUUUUGUUUUUUGUUGACUGUGAAACUUAUUGUUGUGAAAACAUGUCAAGUUGUAACAAUUUGAGCAUUCAGAUUCUUUUUUCCUUUGCAAUACUGUGGGUGAUAUGUCCAUUGUGUGUUACCUAUGCAAUACUUUUAUUUGGAUCACCAAUAAUGGUGAUGCUAGUCCCUUCUCACAAACGUUUCAAUGGGCAAAAGAUCGUCGCUUUCUGAACUAAGUUGACCAUUAUAGAUUGAUGUGGAUCUAACAGUUGUUUGCCUUAAAUAAUGUGUCUCACUCCUCAAUUAAAAGCACACAUUUAUCUUCUAACAGUCUUUUAAUAUCCUAAUCGAAGUAUUUUUAUGGGUAUCCAAAUUUGGAUAUCAAAAUGUAUGCUAAAUUAAAUCGAUCGCAUACCGCCCUAUAUCCAUGUACAGUUUUGAUAUUUUCGCUAAAUAAAUUUCAAAGAAAUACA